AUGACAUUUGAAGACGUGGCCGUGUACUUCUCCUGGGAGGAAUGGGGUCUCCUUAAUGAGGCUCAGAGACGGCUGUACCACAAUGUGAUGCUGGAGAACUUUGCACUUGUGACCUCCCUGGUUACCAGCAAGAAUUUACCAAAAGCCAUUAGCAGAGGAACGAGCUGUGGAUCCUACUGCUCCUCCCUGCGCCACAUCCCCCCCAUGUGUUCUUCGCCUGGGGAGCCCUUUACCUGUGGGGAGGUUGACAAGGACUUCCUCGCGGUUUCAGAUGAGCACCAGCACCGGGCCAGUCAUAGUGGACAGAAAGCACACAGUAGCACCAUGUGUGGGGAAGCUGUUCACAGUGGGAAAAGCCAUCACAGUUGGUGUGAAGGCAAGAAAGCCUUCAGCCACAAAUACACUCUUGCUCAACACCAGAGUGUCCACACCCAAGAAAAGCCUUACAAAUGCAGUGAAUGUGGGAAAUCCUUCACCCGAAGAUUUAAACUCUUGCAGCAUCAGAAAAUCCACACUGGAGAAAUGCCCUAUAAAUGUAACGAAUGUGGAAAAUUCUUCACCAACAUCUUUGGUUUCAUUCAGCACCAAAGAACUCAUACUGGGGAAAGGCCUUACAAGUGCAGCAGAUGUGGAAAGUCCUUUGGCCAAAAGUCUACUCUUACUGUACAUGAGAGAAUUCACACUGGAGAAAAGCCUUAUGGAUGCAGUGAUUGUGGGAAAUUCUUUAGACACAGCUCUAGCCUCCUUAAACAUCGGAGAGUUCACACUGGAGCGAAGCCUUAUAAGUGUGAUGAAUGUGGAAAACAUUUUGUUGACAAUUCCUGCCUCAUUAAACACCGUAGAAUUCACACUGGAGAAAGGCCUUACGAGUGCAAGGAGUGUGGGAAACUUUUUAGCCAAAGUUUUGGACUCACUCAACACCAGAGCGUUCACACUAGAGAAAGACGUUAUGAGUGCAGGACAUGUGGGAAAUCCUUUACCCGCAAAUGCAACCUCAUUCGACACAAAAAAGUUCACACUGGAGAAAGAUCUCAUGAGUGCAGUGAAUGUGGGAAAACCUUCAGCCGAAAGUCUCAUCUCAUCAGGCACCAGGAAGUUCACACAUGGCAAAGGCAUAGCCAUGCAGAGAAUAGGCUGUUUACUUGUUUGAUCUAAAGACAUCGGAGGAGAGCCUUUGUGAGGGAGACAUCUUCCUGAAGUUGAACUCCUAUCUUAAAACACCACAAGGAAGAUUCUCUGUAUGUUCCAGAUACGUGGGAAGCUUCCAGGAACCGCUCUUCCUAACCUGGUUGGGGCCCUUGCUGAAAUUGUGUCACUGCCAGUUUCUGUGGUAUAAGUCAUCUGAACUCAAGUCCCUGAAAGGCCCAGGCCCCCAUGCUGUGCAUCAGUCACCUAGUAUUUAUGGAUGUAGACCUCUGUUUUCUCUGGAGAAGACGAACAACCUGAGCCUUCAGAGGGCAUCACUUCCUUCUCUCUAAUGUGUGUACUCGACCCAGUUUUCUCCUAAAAGACCUUAUUUGUGUUCUAUUAGUGACUUGCAGAGAAAGUUUGUCUUCAUAGACAUUGUUUUCAUAUGACUCUUGUGAUGGAAUUUUUCCAGUCUCCAUGUCACCAACUUGUACACUGCCUCCCUUUGC